UUUAAAAUUAGCUGCAUUUCCCAGUAGCACGCGAAAAUUGAAAAACCUUAAGUGAUAAUGAAAACCUAGUAUAUCGAUUUGCCUAUUUUUAGUUGUCAAAGUCGCAUCAAGCGAUGCGCUCCGUAGGUUGCAGUUGCAUAGUGCACUCCCGAGAUUAACCAGUUUUUCCUUAAUAACAAUUAAAAAAUCAAGUUGCUUGUGAGUGAAAUCAUUUUUUAGUGCCCGGCGAGAGUUCAAAAGUGAAAAUUCAAGAUGGCUGACGGUAGCGUUGCUCUGAACAUUGUUGACUUCAUACGCCCUGGUAACAAGAGAUAAAAUGAUUUUUUACGUACAUUCAGGGCUUAAAUGCCUUGAAGAGCCGAGAGUUUCCUCUAGUGGGAGCAACAUGAGAGAGCAGGAAAUGAUGGAAGAACCUGCGGUUUCUUCUGCCAGCGAGUUCGACUUGGCGAACAUUCGCGAAGAAGAAUUCGAACUGCAUACCACCUACAUAGUUCCAGAUCUUCCUGUCGAUCCUGGAACGCCGAAUCGAGCAGAAGCUACUCUUCCAAGAAAUCUCGUUCUCAAGUCUUCCCAAGUAGUUGCUAACGCUCAAGGUGUUUGGAGUACAGGAUACAUUCCACGGGGCACAAGAUUUGGGCCUUUAGUGGGAGAAAUAUAUGCCAAAGAUGCUGUACCUAGUUCCACCAAUAGAAAUUACUUAUGGAGGGUGCAAGUGGGAGAGGGAUUCUAUAGAUUUAACGGCCGUGAUAAUAAGCUUUAUAAAGAUAACGAACUGUAUUACUACAUAGACGGAUUUGACACUUCCAAAGCCAACUGGAUGCGUUACGUGAACCCUGCUUAUUCGGGUGAAUCACAGAAUCUCAUCGCCUGCCAAUACAAGAUGAACAUAUACUUCUACACGAUCAAACCGAUUUUGCCUAACCAGGAAUUGUUGGUUUGGUAUUGCAAGGAGUUUGCUGAGAGACUGAACUACCCUUUGAGCGGCGAGCAGAUGUUAAGGAGAUUAAGGCAACAAGCUCAACAAGCAUCUGAGAUAACCGUCAGUACCACGGAACCUCCUCCAUCUAAGGAACCACCGUAUGAGCAUCAACUGACUCCGACGGAAGGCAGUGUACGAUCUGACGAAGGGUACCACAGCAAUGAGUACCACGAUGACGCUUUUACACCUCCAGAAGAUUCCAGUGACUCAGACAGUGAAAACAACUACGUUCUUGAUUUUAGCAAGAAGACACCUAAGGAAACGACUGUCAUCAAACCAGUUUCUCCUGAAAAUCAGAAAAAUGAGUACAGGAAAGUAAAAAUUAAGAUAACGAAAGCUUAUCACUACAAAUCGGUGAAGAGCGAAAGUGAACCUGACGUUGAAAAAGACUUAACUAUGGAUGCUGCAGUACCUGAAGUAACAACACUAACCCCAAGAAUUAUCACUCCUCCGACGACUGUCAUUGUGAUGGAUUCUCCACCUCAAGAAGUUCCUAAUAAACCUUAUUAUGAAACUGAAGUUAAGAAUACUAACGUUAUAUCGAGAUACAGUCCUCCAUCGUCGAGCAUUUUGGAAAAUAUUCUUUUAAGAAAUAGAAUAGAUACUAAUAAUAACGAUAAUCAUCAUAGACAGAGCAAUGCGACCCCACCUCCCAGUUCACCGACGGAGAUGGCUUAUUCCUACAAGAAAAGUCACAGGUACUCUACUUUACCUUGUAGUCCGGAUUCCAGCUCCAACGUUCAGGUACAGAAUAUGAUGCCUCCUAGUCCAGCAACCUUGAAAGCAGAAGUACAAAAUAGCACUUAUGUUCCACAUCCCACGGAUAACUAUCACAGCCCGAUUCAGUCAACAAACUAUUACAGCGUGUACCCUUCUCCAAAUGGUAUUGUCCACAGUACCAUAACAUCAUCCCCAACACACACGUACUCGCCUCCAAUAACCAGCAACUUCAGCAAUAAUCAUCACAACAAUGGUACAAAUUUGAUCGUUCCGACAAGUCAUAUUGUCAGCUCUAACCUAACGCAUCACUUAUUGACACCUUUACCAGCUUUGCAGAUUAACGGAAGAAUGUCUCCUGGUUGCAAGAGCCCUGAUGGGAAGUAUGAUCUGAAUUUAUGUUCAAGUAGCCCAACAAGUCCCAAUGGUGGGCCUUCGAGAGGAUAUAGGAGCUUACCGUAUCCGCUAAAAAAGAAAGACGGAAAAAUGCACUACGAAUGUAACGUGUGUUGCAAGACUUUUGGUCAGUUAUCCAAUCUGAAAGUUCACUUAAGAACGCAUAGUGGAGAACGACCAUUCAAAUGCAACGUUUGCACAAAAUCAUUCACUCAACUAGCGCACCUUCAAAAGCAUCACUUGGUUCACACUGGAGAGCGACCUCACGAAUGCGGGAUUUGCAAGAAGAGGUUCUCCUCCACAUCUAAUCUUAAAACUCAUCUUAGACUGCACAGUGGGCAGAAGCCUUACGCUUGCGACUUCUGCCCGGCUAAGUUCACGCAAUUUGUGCACCUGAAGCUUCACAAGAGACUGCAUACUAAUGAGAGACCAUACAUCUGUCAAGAAUGUGGGAAGAAUUACAUAAGUGCAUCUGGGCUAAGAACGCAUUGGAAGACGACCAGUUGCAGACCAAACAAUAUCGAUGAAGAACUGAAUGGGGAUGGAUCUUCGAACGGAUACUAUGAUUUUGCGGGAUCUGACGCUGGUUUAGGUCCCAUCGAGUUGAAAGAUGGUUCGGAAGAUACCAAGGAACCGUACGAGAUCCACACCUCUCAGCCGCAAGUAAGUCACACAGUGCUUCAUCCCGGUCUUUCCAGGCCGCUUCCAUCUCUAAUUCAGAACGGGGCUCACCAGAGAGCGCCACCGAACUCCAUUCACACUGGGAAAGAGACCAGACCCAGCGUCAUAGAGUCUUCGCAGCCCCACAUCAUUGAAUGUACCUAGAUGUAUUUUCCUGCUCAGUAGAUGUUAGUUUCUGUUAAGUUUUUAAUGUUUAUUUAUUACUAGACGUUAUUUGUAAUGCUGUGUUCCAAAAAUUGUGGAUUCUUUUGUAUGUUACUGCAGACUCGGUUACUUAUGGAAACGGAAAUGAUCUCAGUGUGACUAUUACUAAGAAUAUUUGCAGCUAUGCGAUUUAUCUCAAAUAUACAUCACAAAUCAAUAAUUGUUAAUAUUAUUACUUUAAUGAAAAUCCUCCUUUUUAUUGAUCUACGAAGUCAUUUUUGAAUGAUGUGAAUCUAAUGUAUCUUUAUGGUAGUUUACACGUUAUUAGAUUUAUAACAGUGGUCUUUAGGGGUUUCUGCUAACUUUAAAGUUGCAUGCAGUCAAUGUGAUGAAGCCACUUGAAUUAUCUCUUUCAAAUAUUCAUUUUAGCUACAUGCUUUUCUUCGCAAGACAGCCACGGUAUUAGACCACUGUGGGGCAUCUUCUUAGCCGCCCCUUCUUAGAUAUUGAGAUAGUUUUUUCCAUUCUCGUCUUUACUUUAGCAAUGUAGUUGUGUUAUUGACAACCUUAUGUACAAAUACUUUCCUAAUUUGUCAUUGCACAACUCUUAAGGCUUAAGAAACGAGGAAAUUAAAACGAGAUGUGGAGUAGAAGAUCCUCUACAAUACAUUCACAUCUAAGAAAAGGCGUGCCUAGACAAUAACACUUACAUAGAUUCCAAUUUCAGAGUUCCACCCUACAGAAACGUAACCAAAGACAAAGCUGUCCAUCUUCGACCAAAAGAAAAUAGUAGUUGUAGUGAAUUACUCUAUAUGUUAUCACCCAAAGUCUAUCUCUAUAAUAUGUUCCCACUACAGAAACGUAAGCAAAUACAAUGUUGUAUUAAGGUAUGACUCACCCCUUACUCCCUCUAGCACUAUUUUACGAUUCUUCUACCAAUUUUGUUACUCAAAACAAUUUGAGUAACGAAACAUAAUAGCUGUAAAGAACUACUUGAUUGAGAUGUUAUCAUCCAUUGUCAACCACUUUAAUAAAGGAGCGCCUAACCAUUAUCACAUAGGUUCUACGUAUAGAAGACCAAAGGAUUAAAAACAGCAAAAUAUAAUGCAGUCGACGUGUAGAAGAAACGUGACAAAGGGAGAGUAGGGAGAGAGAGAUCUUUAAAUGGAAGGACGAGAAAACACCCAAGAAAAAAUGAUAGGACAGAAUAAAUUGAGCCUAAAUUAAAGAGGCAUAUGUCUAUCAAGAUAACAGGAAGAAAGAUCGUAAAGAUUUUACUUUUCUAAAUUCUUUCGGCAGCAUCAUCAUCAUUAUCAGUGAUAUUACUAUUGAGCCUUGAUUUUCCUUAGUAUGCGUUACUUACUACUUAUUCCUGUCCACUGUUAACCCUUGCCAUUUGACCACACCAUCACCAUAAUUUUAUCACAACUUUGACACAUCUCUCACAGUCAGUGCGACUAGCCUUCGUCUGAGAGGAUCUUUUUUAUUCGUUCUUGAUAAGAGUCCUACUAAUCUUAGCUUAUCUAUUUUUAAGACAUGUAUUAAAUACCUGGCAUUUACUAGUUGCUUUUAUUUCUUAUACAUUUCUAAAUUGUAUCGUUUUGUCUAGAUACUGUUUUCAUUAUUGUUGAUCAAAAAUUUUGAACAGAGAAUGAUAUUUUGCUGCUAGUGAAGACAUCCAGAGAAAAAGUAAUAAAUAUAGGAAGUUAAAUUUCAGAAUACUCUUUAAUUUUAAAGAAGAAGAAUUUAAAAUAAAAUUCCUGUAGAUGGUUGUAUACCAUAAAUCACAAAAAUACGAGAUCUUUUGUAAAAGGUAUAUUUAAAAUCCCCUAAAUAAGGGUUACAUUAAAUCACAUAACAUUUUUGGAUUAAAAAAUCCAUCAUCAGUGUUAUUAAAAUCCAAAAAAUAGCAUGCCUGAGCCACCAAAUUGUUAUGGGUAAAAACACAAAUGUUGAAAGUUGUGUUACACUAACUACAUAUUAAUAAAAAUACUUAAUGAUGUUGCAAAUAUUCCUGUAUAUUACUCAGAGCAACGCAGUACUCUUCCCGCGUGGUUGGAAUUUGAGGAUUAAAACCUCACAUAUUGAAGUUCAAUGGCCAACUCUGGGUAAUAUCCAGGAAUAUUUGCAACAUCAAUAAGUAUUUUUAUUUAUAUGUAGUAUAACACAACAACUUUCAACAUUGGUCAACAUGGUUCAACAUUCAACCACUGAUGAUGGAUUUUUUAAUCCGAAAAUGUUAUGUGAGUUAAUGUAACCCUUAUUUAGGGGAUUUUAAAUAUACCUUUUACAAAGGAUCUCGUAUUUUUUUCUUUAAUUUGAGAUGCUGGUUUAAAUCUGGCAUUAAAUAUUGACUUAUUGGAGCUAAAGGUCGUAUGGAAGAGAUCAUUUUUGUUUCCCCUCCUUCGAUUUUGUAGGAACAUUAAAUUUUUAGUAUUUGGAGCGUAGUAUAGUACUGACAAAAAUCUUUGUAUGUAAUUAUUUUCUCUGAAGAUACUCAUUAUAUUAUUACUGUUGAGAUAAUUUAUUUAGUAUUUAUUAUUAGUUAUUAAUUCGAAGUAUUUUAUGGAAUUUACCCGAAUUUUGAAUUUAGACUGAUAAUGAAAAAGCAAUAUUGUACUCACGAGUUGCACUACAAAUUUGUGUGAGAAGUUUAGAAAUUUGGGUUAGGAUUUUGGUAUAUAAACCAAACACUAAAUAUCUAGAACAGCUUAUUUCAUUAUUCAUAAAGCCCUUUACAUAUUUUAUAUGUAAUAUGUGUAAUCUAAGAUUCGUAUGAAAUUUGAAUUUUAUAAGAAUGCUGCAGGGUAUUAGAAAUAAUCUAAAACAUCUUUAAAUUCGAACAAUAGCCUUUUCAAACUUCCCCAACUCUAAUAUCUCAGAUGUGAUAUAAUUUAAAAAAUGGUAAUUUCUUAAUGCUGGUCUUACCUGGAAACCCUCUUUUUGGAGGAGUAUUUCUACCUUCAUCAUCGGUCCUGAUCCUACCUUACACUGGGGGCUGGUUACCCAACUCUGGUAGGGGUUUUCAGGUUUACUAGGGUUCACCCAUGUGCUUAAGGCAGACUUCUUGGAGGUGAGCAUAGGAAUUGAGUAGGAAUGGCUAGAAGUCUUACCGGAAAACAUCUUGUAAUACUCAUCAUUAUCUCUUGAAACUAACAAUGGCCAAAGUGGAUAGCUAUCUACUAUCUGGUAGUCCUGAAAGUGGUUACACAGCUGAAUAGUGUUGAAUGUGUCUAUCACUAUUAUUUUUAUAUUGUCUUUAUUAAUUUUAAGACCAACUUUAAUGCUUUCGAACUCAACUCUUUGCAGGAAAUGUAGCAUUUCUAGUUCAUUUGCUGCUAUAAGUAUAGUGUCAUCAGCAAAUCUUAAAUUGGGGAUUUUUCUACCAGCCACUGUUACUCCAUGGAACCAUAUUUCUAAAACCAUCAUCAUGACAUGUUAACCAUAAGUAUUGAAUAAGUCAGGUGACAGAACACAUCCUUGUCUAACUCCUCCAUCUACUCUGAAUUGACUUGAGAACUUCUAAUUUAGUCGUACUAUGGCCAUAUUGAAUUGGUAGAGAUUUUUAAUAAGUGUCACCUGGUGUAUCAGUGCACAGAUUAAAAUGGACCACUCAUUUAUCUAGCUAACACAAUCGAAUGUCUUCUGGUAGUCAAUGAAGCAUAUUAUCAUAGGUACUUGAAAUUCUUUAGAUUUUUCGACGAGUUGUCGUUUCUUCAGUUUUGAAAAGAUAUUCUGAAAUGUCUCUUUCUGUCCAAACUUAUGUUGUGUAUCGCUGCUCGCAAUUAAGCUACAUAAGAACUUGUUUUUGGUACUUUAUCUUUCUCAGAAUUCUUUAGUAAUGUUAUAGUAACGAUAUAUUGUGACAACCUAGACCAACAGGGUUUUGAAAUUAUUCUCUUGUAGCAAUUCUAUGAUAUCUACUAUGUUUCAUGGGAAUUAACUAUACAAUUGGAAAUUGUGGGAACAAAUUUGGGACUCGUCCUACAAAUACAAAUUAAAAGAAUUGUGAAGAAAGUGAAAAAACGCCAAAAUAUACGUCUUUUUAAUUAAAAUAAUGAUUAAUUCGUAUGAAAUAUAGUAGUUAUCUAAGACAAAUAUAAUGAUUUGUGCAAUGAACAGUUUCUUGACUUAUCUUCAUCAUCGAAUGAAAGAUAAUGAAAAUUUCUAAAUUUUAUAACUCCCAAAAAAUCGAUAGACGUCUGUAUUUUACAAUUAGGUAUUUAUCUAAUUUAGAUCUAAAAAAGACAAACCUUGAAUGAGUUAUUUCUAAUGUUCUGCAACCAUGAUAGAGUAUGCUGGUUAAAUGAAUAAUAAGUGAGCAAAGAUAUUUGGUCGAUUGGUUUACGGUAAAACGUUUAUUUCAUAUAAAUAUUUUCAUUUUCUUUAUAAUCAAUUGUGUUCACUUAAUUUUAUUGUACAUUGACAUGCAUUGAAGAUAUUUUUCUAAUAAUUCUUAUAAUUCUCAUAAAACUUGCAUUUUUAUACUCUUUGUACAAAAUUAUACCUAAUAAACAAUUCUAGUGCAGGUUUUACUGUAAAAAAAAACAACAAAAGUCUCUUAUUAUAUUUCUACACCUUAUACGAGCAUAAUAUCUGACAGAUUUUUUGUUAUGUUAUUUAGAAACGAUAUUAGUCAAUAAUAGCAUUUGCAUAGCACAAUAAAGUUCCUUAUAUGAUAGAAAUUUGCUUGAUAUAUUGUUAGCUUUAACACUCUCCCAUAUAGACCCAGGAAUUUACUAUCUGAAUUUGAAAAUAGCAAUUUUACUGUGUAUUAGCAAAUUAAGCAGCCUAAACCAAAGUUCAAAUAGUAUAAAAGGUGAAUAAAAAUAACAGAACUAUAUCUGUUUGUUUCUGCCCCUUUAGAUUGGUAUCAAUGAGUGAGCUUCACCUAACUGCAAGACGUACUUUUCAUUAUCCUAUUCAUCGUUCAGCCUACCUAAUUGGCGGUCGCAAAAUUCUUCUAGUUCAAAGCCACUUUGUACUUUAAACUACUGCAUUUUGAACAAUUUCUCUGGCUACAAUCAAAUUAAUAUGCAAUAAACUUAUUCACACUUUCAGUCAUGAGUUUUCUUUGGAAAAGAUGAAAAUUUAAAAGGAGGUUGAAAUAUUUGAUUUUUUGUAAAGAUUUAUAAACAACAAAUUUCGCCCAUAAACAUUAUUAUGCCUAGUGCAACAUACAGAGACGAUGUUCGUUGAGACGAUCACGGUCAUUCAACGUAAAAAAUGGGAAUUGGCUAUCUUUGGGGCUUAAUAGUUUAUGUUUGUUUAAACGAACAUGGUGACUGAAAGGGUAAAUUAGUCCACCAGUCACCUGAGCUAUCGAGGUGACUAGAAUAAACAAAAGAAAAAUCUUAAAGCUAUCAGAGAUCUUCUUCUUCGUCACGUGCCAUCUCUGCGACGGAGGUUGGCAAUCAUCAUGGCUAUUCUGAUCUUAGCCAUGUCAAUUAGUCCACCAAUCACCUGAGCUAUCGAGGUGACUAGAAUAACAAAAGAAAAACUCUAAAGCUAUCAGAGAUCUUAGAUAGAGACAAUUAGAAAACACUGCGAAAAAUAUAAUAUCAGAAAAAUGCCAAAGCCUAACCGAAUGUAUCUUGAACAACUGGGAUUAAUGUUUUUGCUAUCAUUAAUGACACUUUCUUGCUCACUUUUAGAUGUUGUCUAUAUGCGUAUAUUAAUCUAAGGUGCUUUAUAAAGAGCCCAACUCAGUAAACGUUUUUGCAUUUCGUUGGUCGCUGACGAAGACAGGUAAAAGUGGUUAGUCACAUUCAGAUUCUCGAGGGGAAUGUCUGACCCUGGUAGGAUAUGGCCAUUACGACAUUACGGUUUUCUUCGCCGACAGUGUAGAGCGUCGACUGAUCGGUGCUGCAUGGAACUUACCAGAGAACAGGCUGUACCUCUUUUGCUGCUUAGUGACAAUGUUUUAACAAAGUUAAAAUGACUUAGAAGGGAGACACAUCCAAUUAAAAAAUGAAGACAUAUUUAGGGGGAAUACAAUCACCCUUUUCCGCAAUUACUUUCUGACGAAAACCGGUUUUUAGAAUAUUUCAGAAUGAAUCCGCCCACCUUUUAUUUUAUUUUGUCAAAAAGGCGUCAACAAUACUUCUACUAGAAUGGUCCUUUACUCUCUCAUCCCAUGUACAAGGAUUAGCCUGGACCUUUGUUGUUAACUACUCUAAUCACACUUUAAACGAUUAAAAAUCAUCACUCAUCGACAUCAUGUGCCUGAAACCAAAAUGGAAGGUUCAUUCCAGUAAACGUCUGGUUGUCAGGUGGUCAGCGUGCUGAUACAUUACGCAUUGCAUUUAUGUUUUCCUAGUGUUUCCUAAAGUGUGGCCUGAUCAAGUGAAUACACAAACCGGUUGCCGGCUGAUUCAGUCAAGUGCGUGCGUACCAUAGAUCCGCCACUGGUUAACUGUAGCAAUGAACAGUGGCAGAUGUAAGUCUUUUUAAAUACUGCCCCCGCAUAAGUGUUACGACAGUCGUAUAAGAUUGAUCCCGCUUCUGACACCAAUGUUCAGAGCUUCAGUGACUAAAACUUCGCAAAUGAACCUCUAUUUCUUGCAUAACUACUCAUUUAAUAUUCCGCGCAAAAAAAUGUUACUAUUAAAAAAAUAUGCCAGAUACUAUACACAGUAUCCCUACAAUAGCUUCAAUAAUUCUUCAAUGCAUGUGAGCUCCAUAAUUUACUUACGUUUAAAUGUAUCCAAAUAAUUAUAAACCAAAUAAGAUUAUUUCAUUUAACGCUAUCAAGUUUAUAGCCCUGUAAUUCUGUGUAUGUACUUUAAGAACUAAAUGGUGCUUGUGACGUUUCUUUUUAAUGUGUGUAACAAAUUUUGGAGCUUUAAUAGUCAGUGGGUCAGACCAAAGUAUGACGUAAUAGGUAUUUUUUUACAAAUGAAAUUUUUUUAAAAUGAAACUGGCAAAAUUAUGACGUUUUAGAAUAGUGUAGUGUAGUGGUAUCAUCUCUUGUAACGUAAUAAGAUCAUUUUUGUUUUGUAAAAUGAAACUAUUAAGUGUUUCUCACGAGAUAAUUUUGUCAGUUGUAUUUGUUUUAUGUUUUUUUACUCAAUUAUGAUACAGAAUGGUUGUUAUACUUCUUUAUAUACUCACUUAACUACAAAAUGAAAAUACCAGUGUAUUAUUUUUGUAUCUACUAGAAAAUAAAAUACUCUAUUGAAAGGUAAA